UGCACCAUUUGGCACAUGCCCAGCAGAGAUAAGAUCAGAUUGUUCCUGCAUCUCUGAUUUUAUCAAGCAGAACGGCAAAAAGAUCACAACAUUUCUACCAGAGAAAGUAAACCUUGAAAAAUGUGUCAAUUUUAUUUUCUUUGUGUAGUUGUUACCAUAAAAAUCUAACUGCUAUCCAUUGUUGAACAAAGUACUUCCCCCCCGAAACGUGAAUUAUUAACCAUCAGUUCCAGAAAUCACAGUUGAUCAACACAGUAUGUAAACAAAGAGCUUCACAUGAAAUAGACUAUUCCUGGAGGGGACAAGACAUCCAAUUUAUAAAUGGUAUAAUAACAACAUGGUCCUAUCCAAUAAUCCAGGUCAUUUCAUGGGACACCUCUAUAUGUUUUCAAUAUGUGCAACAAAAAGUGAAAAUAAAAGAUCAGAGCAGGUUAUGCAUCAAUGUAACAGCUGUCAACAAGUGUUGUGUCAACAGAGUUAGUUUAUGGGGUAAUGAGUGGGUGAGUGAGUAAUACAAAUAUACAGCCAAAGAGAUUGGGAAAUGAGAAAACAGGUAGUAGAUUGUAGUGAUGUCAUGAUACUUGCAGUCAUUAUGAUUUAAUAUAGUAAAUUUACAUCGAUUAACAUGAUGUGUAUAGUUGCCAUAGUUACUGUUAGUUGCGCUUCUAUCAACACAUGGUUUUCAGACAAAGGAGCAGGAAAGUUAAGUCUUGGUUAAAGUUGCUGAACAUUGCUUGAAGGGUUAAUGCCCCGAUAAGGCGUCUGCAGAGUCUAUUAAUUCCUGAUUAUGGACAGCUCUAAAGGCAUUAAGCAGCUUAUACCAUGGUCACAUUCCAAAACAAAGGAAGACCAUUCAUUGGCAUGCAUUUGAGGCAUUUUUCACAAUUUGAUUUUAAGAUUAAAUUUUUUUUGCAGUACUCACAUCUAUGCCAAUGAGAUCAACAGAUCAUUGAUUUAAUGCCCUGACAUCUUUAAUUUUAAUUUUUUUUUGAGUGAUAAAAAAACAAAAGGGUUAAAAAUCAUCAAGUGCAAAAAAUUGCUUUUUAAUUUGGAAAUUGAAAUUUAAGACCUAAUUUUAACCGAUCUUUGAUUCAGGAUAGGCAUCAUGACACCCCUAAUAUAUGUCUCAGUUAAAGUGUACAUGAUAUGUGCAUUUUUUAAGUGAUGUGGUAUUUCAGUUUUGUUUUUCUGGGCAUGUUUUGAUACUGAUUGUGUGUCUAUUUGUUUGGAAACAAAACCAGAUUUCACUGAAAUUUGGAAAAGUUGAUAUUACACAUGUGCCCCAUUCUUAUCUGUCUGUCUAUUUGGUGCAGAUCUGGGUCCACAUCCAGACCAAACAUGAGUUUUUCUGUUUUCUUUUUUAAAUGAAAUCUGCCCUUUUCUGUCUGAUAAAUGAGAUGUUUUCUCAUGUUGAUGGAUGGGAACUUGUCAAGUGAACAUUGCAAUCACUGCGAUAAUCACUGUGUCUUUAUCUUGAAAUUUUAAUCAAAUCUCCUCAGUAAGAAAUAAAUCAUGAAAUCACCUGAACUAUGAGCUGAAUAUCAAUAAAUUUGAUUCAUCUGAGCGAAAAUGAAGUGAAAUAUGGUUGUUGCAAAUCAGACAGGACGAGUGAAGUGCUGUCCUUGCGGUCACCUGGCAAACAAGAGCCCAACCAUCAACAAUCAGUACUAAUAGGUGUGAUUGAAAAUGCUGUCUGUCCUGUUCUAACUUCAAAUUUUUCUCCAUAGUUUUCUUAUCUCCUUAAAGACAGAGAUUAUCUACCCGGUCAAAACGUUUGGGUCCUUCACUUGAUUUAUCGCUCAUUUCUUCCUGGUUAAUGCUCUGUGCUAAACAAGGGCCAAAAGCAGGUGUUGGUCUGGCUACAGUUGUUAUCUCCUUCGUGUUCUCCACGUACUACAAUGUGCUCAUGAGCUGGGCACUUUACUAUUUCUUCAACUCGUUCGGAUCCACCCUGCCCUGGAAUUCAUGCAACAACACCUGGAAUGCUGCCGAAAACUGUUCCAGUGGUUUUCCUGGCAAUGCCACCCACCUGCAGUCUGCCAGCCAACAGUUCUUUGAUCACAGACUUCUGCAGAAAACCAGUGGCAUUGAAGAACUUGGUGGCCUUCGCUGGCAGCUCUUUGGCUAUCUCAUCGUUGCCUGGGUCAUCGUGUAUUUAUGCAUAUUUAAAGGAGUCAAAUCCACCGGCAAGGUUGUGUAUUUCACCGCCGUGUUUCCGUACUUCAUCCUGUUUGCCCUGCUCAUUAAUAAUGUGCAGCUUCCUGGAGCCAAGGAUGGUAUCCUCUACUUUGUGACACCUGUCUGGGCCAAACUGUUUGAAGUUAAGGUUUGGGUUCAUGCAGCUGCUCAGGUGUUUAACUCCAUUGGAAUAGCAUUUGGCUCCAUGAUUUCAAUGGCUAGUUACAACAAGUUCAACAACAACAUUCUCAGGGAUGCGUUAAUUGUGUCAUUUACCAACUCGUUCACUAGUAUCCUGGCUGGCUUUGUGAUCUUCUCAGCUAUUGGCUACAUGGCUCACAUACAUAACCUCCCAGUGGACAACAUCGCUACAGACGGUCCUGGUUUGGUGUUUGUCGUGUACCCUGAAGUCCUUUCCACCAUGCCCGUCCAUCAGCUGUGGGCCCCACUGUUCUUCUUCAUGCUGCUGUGUCUGGGCCUGGACAGCCAGUUUGCCACAGUUGAGGUGGCUAUAACAUUCAUAAAAGAUGAGUUUGGCCCCCAAGUUCUGCGUUACCUGAAAAGAGAAGAACUGCUGGCCCUGGCUGUGUGCGUCCUUUGUUUUGUCCUGGGGAUCCCUCACAUUACCAAGGGAGGUAUCUACGUGUUUCAGCUGAUGGACCACUACACCGCUGUGGUCUCCCUCGUGUUCCUGGCUUUCUUUGAAGUGGUCGCUGUCUGCUGGAUCUUUGGUGUCCCACGUAUCUGCCUAAUGGUCAAGAGGAUGCAAGGAAAAAAUCCAAACAUCUACUUUCGUCUCUGUUGGAUGCUGCUCUGUCCUCUGUUGGUUCUGUGUAUCCUGAUCUCCAGCAUCGUCCAGUACACUCCUGCUCGCUAUGGGGAGUACAAAUACCCCGUGUGGGCUGAAGGGCUUGGCUGGUGGGUCUCGCUGGUCUCCAUUGUGUGGAUCCCGCUUGGAGCCAUUCAUGAGAUCUAUAGAAACAAAGGCUCACUUCUUCAGAGAGUUAAAACAGCUAUGGUUUCUACAAUAGACCUGGAUGCUGAGGAUCCACUGCCAGAAAAGCAAAACCUAGACAACCCGGCGUCUGAAACCUUGUUUACUUCGGCCGCAUGACCAGGAAUACAGACAAAGCCAUGUCUUUGUGUCUCUACUGUACAUAUGAGACCCUGUGACAGGGUUUUCAAUGAGGGGUACUGUUUAAUGAUGGAAUGAUCCGUAUUUACACAGAGAUACGCAAUCAUUGUUUCUAUUAUAAAAUUAUAAUUUAAUCCUAUUUGUUCUACCAAAGGAAAUCAUUUUUACUGUAUGUUCAGCCUACUGUGUAUUUGUAGUAAAGGGACAGUUCCUCCCAAAAUUAAAAAUACAUAUUUCGGUAACGCUUUAUAUUAAGGUCCUUGUAAUAACCAUUAAUUAACAAGUAAUAAGGCCCUUGUAAGUCCUUACAAGAUGCUUAUUAACAUUAUUGUGUGUUUAUAAGCUUAUAAAAGUGUUAAUAAUGGCAUUACAAACACCCAUUAUGCCUUUGCCAUGCCUUUAUUAAUCUUAUUUUGUUUGCUUAUUGAUAAUAAAAUAUACUUUAUUGCUCAUCUAUUAUAAGUUAACUAUGCUUUUUGCAACUACAGGAUCUAAAGCGAGAACAAUGCCUUAUUACUUGUUAAUUAAUGGUUAUUAAGGACCCUAUUAUAAAGCGUUACCCAUAUUUCUCCUCUUACCUAUUUAUCAUUCUACGUAGAUUAUUUUUGUUUUGAGUUGCAAAAUUAGAAAUGUCUGCCAUCUCUUGAUUAUAGUAGAUCUAGUUGCUCACAAGCUGUCGUACUUUUGCACCACAAGCAGUUUCAUGUUACUUUUUUCUACAAAACUACAUCUGCCAACCGUAUCAGUGCACAGAGGGAAGCGUGCAUCUAUACAUGUAUGUAUUUAUACAAGAUUUUAGCUAAAAUGUUUUCAGAUUCAUUAAUUUAAACUAUCAUGUUAUAAAUGUUUUUUUACUUUUCUUUUUUUUUUUUACUGAGGCUUCAUAGUUAAACAAUAUUUUCAUUUUCACAACAAUCAUAGUUUAUAGAUAAUAUUCUAAUCUGCAAAUAUGUUAAAUACAUGUCUAGUAUGUUUUCUUAUUUUUGACUCUGGGGUGAACUGUCCCUUUAAACACACAAGCUGAAUGGAAAAACACUUUGUAUUAUAUUGUACAAAGUGUAUAAUGAAAAUCUAAGAUUUUGCCCACCGACUAAAAGUGAAUUUAAUUUAGUUAAGGUAUGAGUGAAAAUGUGGUCAUUCCACCUAAUAUUUAUUUUUUUUUAUAAUUAACCCUUGUUUAACAAGGAAAAAUCUGACUGAUUGAGAUUAUAAUUUAAAUUACUAUUCACUUCCCUUCUCUUUAUUAAUCAGAAAAGAAAAUGUCUGGUGUAUGUAGUGGUGUUUUCUCUUGCAAUGUGUAAAUAAGAGUGUGUUACGCAUCCAUGAUUGAGGCAUUCAGAGGCUUAUUAACCUUUUAGCUACAUACGUCUACAAACUGAAUUCUUUAAGGCCUCUUUUCUCCAAAAUCACAGAGGGGCUGAAGAGGCCUGUCUACUUGAAAUGCAGCCUUCUUUGGACUAAAUGUUUGUGACCACAACCGGUUAUCUUUGUGGCCUUUAAACUCAUAAAAAAGUUGUAUAGCGUUCAGACAAUCCCAAUCUAUUUGUAAAGUUGGGAGAUUUAAAUAUUUGCUGUUUUUCCUGUUUUGGUGAUCAGCCCCCAAAAAACAAACACUGCAAUGUGUGAUCUAUACAUAACCUCUGAACUCCCCUUUUGUCCCUGAUAGCACCCUGUGUGUGUUGUUAAUCCCACAACAUAACAGAAAGUUAAAUGGAUAUAUACUGUUACUCUUUAACGCUGUUUGCUACAUAGUUGUCUGUCUUAUGAAACUGAACGAUCUGAACCCAAGUGCUACGAAACUUGUUCCAGUUUCACUGUUUUUCUUUUCUUUUUUUAUGUUUCUGUCAUUUGACGUACAAACUUAAAAAUGUUUGACUUCAGGAUUAACCUGAACCGCCUGAAUGCAUGAUUAGUUCUCACCUCUGAAAGGUGAGACGGCCUCAUUGACCAGGUGGAGGUGGUCCGUUAAUGUGUGUCUAGAGAGGAUCCAGCCUCUGGACUGGGACACAGCUUGUGUCUCAGCCUGGAUAGAGGAGAUGCAGAUGAUAGUGACUAACUUUCUAGUGCCUGAACAUCCUUAACAUAGAAUGAAAAACCACCAGACAAACCAGUUUGUUCAAAAUAGACACAGAUUUUAAUUAUGGAUUUAUUUCAAAUGCACUUUUUUUUGUUCAAUGCAAUUUGCUGCAAAGCAUCAGAGAGACAUACUUGUGAUGGAUGAGAUCCAGCAGGUUACUAUUGUACUGAUGUGUACUGAAUCAGUGCUGGGAUUUUAUCUGAUCUUUUCAGGCUGAGGAAUGCGUUAAUUUUUCUUCUGCAGUGUUUUUUACAUUAUUCUUAGGUACGGAGCAGACAACUCACAAGAGUUUUACAGAUUAUAAGUGGUGCCUUUGAUCUGCUUCCAUAAAGCUGAAUUGGGCUAAUGAGGGCAGAUAAUCCUGAGGAGGGCGACACUUAUCUGGUAAUCUGGUAGCUCUGUAUUCAGUGUUCCAUAUUGUAUUGACCCAAAACCUGCAGUUAAUCACUGACUGUUCUGUCUCACACUUCUUAACAGCGAGGGAAGCCAAAAAGUUCACUUUGGUGGAAACAUGGUUUAUUUUAACUCAAGAUUUAACUUUAGGAUUGUUCUCGUGUGUUUUUUGUAAUGAUUGACCUCCCGUCUCAAAGAUGAAUUUAAAGUGAGAUUGUACCAGAUUGAAAAGCUGAAAAGUGUUAAAGUGUAAGCUUUGGGUUAAUAUGUUGUGUAGACAAACUACCUCAACUGGAAAUGACCAGAGGAGAUAUGUGUAAAUGGGAAAAAGUCACACUUUCAAAAUGUUGUGCCCUACAUUGUGCUCUUGGCCUUUUCUGUCUUAUUCUGUAGCUUAUCAAACAAACCCUGAUUCAGGAGUGCCUUUUAUCCAAAGUACUGAAACAGACACUGAUAAUAAAUGCUCAAAACAGCUGAUUUUAUAAAAGACAACAACAAAGCGUGCAUUUUAAACCUUAUCACUCACAAUUUCAAGGUGGAAAUGUUGUCCCUCUGGUUUUGUAUUUGUUUUCAUAUUCGUGUAACAAACUAGCCUGUAGGUUGAAAGAGAAAAACUAAGCUGAUACUUAAAAAGUCAUUUUUUAAAAUUCCAGAUGAGAAGCAUAACCCUUUUCCACCAGGGUCAAGGCAAACCUCCUUUUUCUGGUUCCAGCUGGUACCAACUUCCAACUACCACAUUUUGUUUUGGGUGAAAUGCUCUGAGCACUUCAAAUUUAGGUGCCUGCACCAGAUUGAAACAGUUUCAUGUUGGUUGAAAGGAUAAUAGAGCAGCUGCCUCUUGUGCCUUUCAUGAAAAAGUUUUAUUUUUAGAUAAUCUACAUUGAAUUUGACAACCAAAACUUUUAUUGUAAAAUGUUUCAUGUAUGUAUAUGUUGUAAGCUGCAUUAUUUUACGUUAUGUCACGUAUUGUAUCAGCUGUUUAAAUGUGCAAAGAUGAUUUAGAAGCACUUUUACAACGAAAUAGGUCACUGUUUACACUUUGUAGUAAUUGGACUUUUAUCAUAAACUAAAUGCAGAUUGUAAUGAGCUAUUUACAGAAUUAUGCUUUUGAAUAAUCUUGUAUAGAAAAGGACAAACUCUGGCUUGUUUGAAAUAAAGGAGUUGGGCGCACAUAACAUGUGCUCCGAAGUGCUGACAGUCGGUUUUCAUCUCAGCCAAACACCACACCUGCUGAUUCCAUGAUUAGUUUCAGAUGAUCCGCUCUGUCAUUGAAGUCAGCUGAUGGGAUUUUUGGGCUGAAUGAAAACCUCCAGAGUCUCUUUGGUCACCAGAUUUCUUAUCCAAGCACAUUAAAAUUCAUAGGUGAAUGCUGUUAUGUUAUCUGUUACAGUUUUAGACUGUUGCUCCUGCAGUGAACAUGCUGAUCAUACUUUAUGCAAAAAAAACCCUAUAUAUUUUUAAGGUGAGAAUUUUUUUUAUUAUUCAAGACUCAGAAUUGUGUUUUCUCAUGUUUUAUGUUCGUUUGUUAAAUAAAUAAAAAUAUCUUCAUCAAUAUAAUGAUAUUUAUGUCAGUGACUAUGUUUAAUUUCUCUUUCCCUUUUUUUAUUAUGUCUACUGUGCUUCUGUGUUGAUUUAUGGUGUCUUAACAUUUUGUGAAAUAAAAAGCCUUCAUUUUU